AUGUCGUCUCUCAGUAGAGAGCUGGUUUUCCUGAUCUUACAGUUCUUGGAUGAAGAAAAAUUCAAGGAGACAGUUCACAAGCUUGAACAAGAAUCUGGGUUCUUCUUUAACAUGAAGUAUUUUGAGGAUGAAAUUCACAAUGGGAACUGGGAUGAGGUGGAGAGGUACCUCUCUGGUUUCACUAAGGUGGACGAUAAUCGUUACUCGAUGAAGAUCUUUUUCGAAAUCAGGAAACAGAAGUAUCUUGAGGCAUUGGAUAAGCAUGAUCGGUCGAAAGCCGUCGAGAUCCUUGUGAAGGAUCUUAAAGUGUUUGCCUCGUUUAACGAGGAGCUUUUCAAGGAGAUAACUCAGCUGCUGACAUUAGAGAAUUUCAGAAAAACGAGCAACCUUCUUGAGCUGCCCUCGAUGUUUAUUAGGGAGAAUGAGCAGUUAUCAAAAUAUGGAGACACGAAAUCCGCAAGAGCUAUCAUGCUUGUCGAGCUUAAGAAGCUAAUCGAGGCUAAUCCCCUUUUUCGCGACAAGUUACAGUUUCCAAACCUCAAGAACUCAAGAUUACGAACUCUCAUCAAUCAAAGCUUAAAUUGGCAGCACCAACUUUGUAAAAAUCCAAGAUCGAACCCGGAUAUCAAAACCCUCUUCGUGGAUCACUCAUGCGGGCAGCAAAAUGGUGCGCGUGCACCAUCACCAGCGAAUAAUAAUCCCCUGCUUGGCGGGCCCAUGCCAAAGCCCGGUGGCUUUCCUCCUUUGGGUGCACAUGUGCCCUUUCAGCCUAAUCCGUCUCCUGUCCCGACACCACUUGCCGGUUGGAUGUCUAAUCCGCCCACCGGAACUCAUCCAGCUGUUUCUGGUGGGCCCAUUGGGCUCGGAGGCCCACCAAUUCCAGGUGCACUUAAGCACCCAAGAACACCACCGACAAAUGCUGUUGAAUUUUCAUCUGUUGACUCUGAACAUGCGAUCAAACGAACGAGGCAGUUGGGAAUUUCUGAUGAGGUGGUAAAUCUUCCGGUGAAUGUUCUUCCGGUGUCUUUCCCAGGGCACUCUCAUAGUCAGCCUCCUUUCAACGCGCCAGAUGACUUGCCUAAGACAGUUGCGCGUACUUUGAACCAAGGCUCGUCUCCUAUGAGCAUGGAUUUUCACCCCAUUCAGCAAACUUUACUUCUUGUUGGUACCAAUGUGGGAGAUAUUGGGUUGUGGGAAGUCGGUUCGAGAGAGAGGCUCGUCUUGAGAAAUUUCAAAGUGUGGGAUGUGAGUGCUUGCACGUUGCCUCUACAGGCCAGCCUGGCGAAAGAUCCUGGUGUCUCUGUCAAUCGUGUGAUUUGGAGCCCGGAUGGGUCUUUAUUUGGAGUUGCGUAUUCAAGGCACCUUGUGCAGAUCUAUUCGUAUCAUGGGAAUGAUGAUAUUCGCCAGCACUUGGAGAUAUCGAGAUUGAUAUAUACAAAUUCGGGUAGCGCAAUAUUAGCAUUAGCUUCAAAUGCAAUCCAUUUGCUCUGGAAAUGGCAGCGAAAUGACCGUAAUUCGAGUGGCAAGGCAACCGCAAAUGUGUCUCCUCAACUAUGGCAACCGUCAAGCGGGAUUUUGAUGACCAAUGAUGUAAUAACCGAAUCGAAUCCCGAGGAAGCUGUUUCUUGCUUUGCUCUGUCCAAGAAUGACUCGUACGUGAUGUCAGCAUCGGGGGGAAAGAUAUCUUUGUUUAACAUGAUGACUUUCAAGACAAUGACGACUUUCAUGCCACCUCCACCAGCAGCAACUUUCUUAGCUUUCCAUCCUCAAGAUAAUAAUAUUAUUGCAAUUGGGAUGGAUGAUUCGACGAUUCAAAUAUACAAUGUUCGAGUAGACGAGGUGAAAAGUAAGCUUAAAGGCCACUCGAAAAGAAUUACAGGACUUGCUUUCUCGCAUGUGUUGAACGUGCUAGUUUCAUCAGGAGCUGAUGCUCAGAUUUGUGUGUGGAAUUCUGAUGGAUGGGAAAAGCAGAGAUCGAGAUUCUUGCAGCUGCCUUCCGGAAGAUCACCUGGAGUACAAUCCGAAACUCGCGUGCAGUUUCAUCAGGACCAAAUUCAUUUCCUAGUCGUGCACGAGACCCAACUCGCCAUUUACGACACCACAAAACUAGAAUGUGUCAAACAGUGGGCCCAACGAGAAAAUGCUGCCCCUAUAUCGCAUGCCACGUUCUCGUGCGAUAGCCAGCUCGUGUAUGCCUGUUUUCUUGAUGCAACCGUGUGUGUAUUCACGGCUUCCCACCUACGGUUGAGAUGCCGCCUCUCGGAUGGCUCGGUUCACGUGUUUGAGCCCCUUGAAAACGAAGGCAAGUGGGGGGUGCCGCCACCUGUCGAGAAUGGGUCCUCAAGCAGUGUAUCAACGACUCCUAUAGGCGGUGGUGGGCCCGCCUCAGAACAAGCACAGAGUAACGCAGCAUUGAAGAAGGUCUAA